CUGCUGCACAAUUAGCAUUUUAGGACAACGUCUCUUCACCUAAUGUGCAAAGAAGCAUCAUGGAAUCAGGAUAUCAUGUGUGUCAGCAUGUACUGCACACUGAAACGUCGAGUUUUUCUUCAAUCCGUGCAGCUUUACUGAUUGCAGAUAUGUCUUCCACAAAAUUGCAUGUAAUGUGCAAGAAAUACAGCGCAAAGCUUUGUCAAUCGUACUCUUUUAUGUGCUCAUGGGGGAGAAGUGGAGGGAAGUAACAGAUCCUCAGAGGCUGAUAGAGAGGUUUGUGUAUACACAAGUAGCAAUACAAACAGGAGAUGCAGCCUCGAUAAGGAAAUUAAGGGAAAGGGUGCAACUCAAAUAAACCCAAACUGAUGCACCAACGGACCGAUGCGUCUCUCUCUUGCUCUCUAACUAAAACUCUCACUCAGUGUCACUGAAGGACAUGAAAGUCAGGGGAUAACUGCAGAGGAGCGUCAUUCGAAUAUUCUGGAAACGCUGUACAAAGGCGUUCCUUGGAUUUUCUCAUCAAAAUUGGAGUCAGGACUUAAACACAGCUCAUUACAACUCAACGGAAUUUUUUUUCCUUUUGACUGAGGUUGCAGGUUUUUGGCGCACGAACAGGACAACAGGGGACUCUUGGAUCAAACACGGCUCGCUGUUUCAGAUUCGAAGGGACAAUCGCUGCACCCCAGGCAAUUGCAGGUUACGGUGCAGUGAGAACACCCAGAGGUGGUUCAGAAAUUGUGCUUUGGGUGUGUGAGUUAUGUGCUUCUGUGGUGGACAAGUAAGGCAGAGCAUCCACAGACAUUCAGAUGGAUACACAGAGUCUGUGAGGUGGUUGCUGACUGCACAGUAAGAAGAGGAGAGGAAGAAAUCAAGUUUUGUUUCUGUGUGGAACAUAAGGAAAUAUGGCUUUCACAUGAUCAGAUCAGAAAGAGCCUAUUUUUUUCAAGCAUGAGGAAGAAGUGUGCUUUUUGGAGUCAGUUUUUCUGAAGAAGAAAAUGCUAUUAAAUAUCUAAAGAACAUUUUUUGAGUCAGGGGCAACUUGGAUCAAUGAAGGAGUCAGAGCAAACCAAGGACAUCACCUGGGAUUUUGACCAAUCCUGGGCUUCAUUCCUAACACCAGCUGCACGUCUUUGCCUCAGCACCUUGGAUUUUUCAGAUCUCUGGGAUGAGGAAGACAGUACAGAGGACGAGGGAACUCAUACAUCCAAAGAAUCAUCAUCAUGUCUCCAAGUCGCCCCAGCACCACCACCUCUUCCUCCUCCUCCUCCUCCUUGUUUGCCCUCAGCUUCCCCUAAAGGUGCGACCAUAAAAAGUCGCACCUUGAAGCUCCACUGGAGGGAACUGCAGAACCUGGCUCCGCUUCCCAGGAUGACUCGCUUUGGGACUCAGACUAUUUGGGCCGGACUUGAGCCGGUGCAUUUGGACACAAACCGGCUGGAGUACUUGUUUGAAUCUAAGGGAAACAACACCAGUUUAAAUGUGGUUUCAGGGCGUCAGAAGCAGCCAUCCGUCUCAGUGUUGGGAAUGAAGCGCAGUAACAUCAUAACCAUUGCACUGAGCAGCCUCCCCCCUCCUCGCCUCCUCCCCCCUGCUAUCUACAGCAUGGACAGCAGUGUGCUGGACAGAGACGACGUUCAGCGUCUUCAAGCUUUAAUCCCAACAGAAGAGGAACUUUGUCUGAUCAAGGAGGCCAAGGCCCAGAACCCCCACUGCCCUCUGGCCCAGGCUGAGCUGUGCCUCAUCACUCUGGGGGAAAUCCCUCACCUGAGCUCCAGGCUUCAGCUGUGGACCUUCGCUCUGGACUAUGACUCUUUGGAGAGGGAAAUUGCUGAACCUCUUUUCCAUCUGAAGUUGGCCAUGGAGCAACUGGCCGCCAGCCAGACCUUCAGAUGUAUUCUGGCGACAGUGCUCGCCAUCGGUAACUUUCUGAAUGGAUGCAAAGCCCGUGGCUUUGAGCUGAGCUACCUGGGGAAGCUGUCUCAGGUGAGGGACACCCACACCCGCCAGCCCCUCCUGCACCACGUCUGUGUGCUCCUGCUGCAGCUUUACCCACAAUCCUCUGACCUCUACUCUGACAUCACGGCUGUUACUAAAGCCAGCAAGUGCGACUACUCCCAAGUCCAGUCCAGCUUUACUCAGCUAGAGACUAUGUGCAAAGCAUCAUGGGAGCAGCUGAAGGUGCUGAACAAGGCUGAGGAAAAGAGGAAAGGAGGGAAAUGGGACAAAAAGAGAGGAGGAGGUGAUGAGGCUUUGGCUUCAGAGGGUUCGCUCCGGCACAAGCUGCCGAAGAUUCUGAAGGAGUGCGAGGAAAGACUGAAAGUCCUGAGAGCGGUUCAUCGCCGGGUCAUCAACAGGUUCCACUCUUUCCUCCUAUUCCUCGGCUACUCCCGCUCCAUGGUGAGAGACACCAAAGCAGAGGAUUUCUGUAAAACCAUCAGUAACUUCUCACUGGAGUACAGAACCACACGGCAGGCCGUCCUCCAGCAGAGAGAACGGGAACGGCAGAGAAGUGGAACCGAAAGUCCAGGUCCAAGCACACCUGCAGGCAGGAGGAAACAUCCACAAACCCCUUCACAGCAGGAAAAUGAUGAGCAGUGGCGGCUGGAGGAGGUGCUGAGAACACCUGACGCUAUCUCAAGGCUGGAUGUCACUCUGCCUCGAAGCCGCAGCAGAAUCCAAAGUCCAUUUUCCCGGAAGCUGAAGUGGUGACCCUGCCGAUUGCUCGAAAGCCAUUCAGUCACUGCUGAUAGUUAUUUAUGAUGUUGUUGUUACAUUGUGAUUACGUUUUUGCAGCACUGUGCUGAUUAACAGUAAGAAAUGGACACAUACAUAAAACUUCACAGGCCAUUACAUUUUUAUCCAGGUUUAAAUAAACAUGCUUUAAAAUGUGUUUUGUUCAAAUAUAUUUUAAAAUGAUGCAUUUUUGUGUGUGUGCUCUCAUGAAAUGCAAUAAAAUGAGUAAUAUAAUGUG